AUGGCGCCUCGGUGGCAGCCACCAAGGCGUGGUGUCAUUGCUCCUCCAUCCCGGGGUCUUACAGCCGCCUUGCGGGCCAGGAAGGCUAUGGAAGCCGCAGCAGCAGCAGCAGCACCAAAACGGCCAGUGCGUGUGGCGCCAUCCGUUGAUGCACCGCCUCUUAGCAGCAGCGAUGACGAGGAUGUGGACGAGGACAAGGACGAGGGCCAGGAGACAGACGGCAACGUGGGGCUGUCCGACGACAUUUCAGACUCGUCGUCGCCCGAGAACGACCGCUCCCGCGGCAGCAUACGGCGGACAGCGUUCAAGCGGCCACGAGGGGCAGCCACGAGGGCAGAUAGCUCACGAGAUGCCGGCUCGCGACGACGGAGCCAUCUGCUGGUGGCUGGCGAGAUGCGUAAGAGCAACGUUGGCGGUAGCAGUGGCAGCAACAAUGGCAGCGGCAGCGACGGCGGGCAGCGUGGGACCAAGCGGCCACGGCCAGACGAGGAGGCGGUGCCGACAACAGCCAACGGGAAGGGUGGUGACAGCAGCCAUGAUAAUGGCGUUGCACGUGCAAGGCCAGCACCAAAGGCUACGUACGGCGGCCGCAAACGGCCCGGGCUGGCGACAGCACGCCGUGUAUCCAGCACAUCAGCAAACGCAAAAGUGGCAGUUAAGCAGCAUGAGGACAGCGUAAGCGACAUCAGCGAGCCAGACGAGACAACGGAAAAGGCUCGCGCGCCGAAGGCCCGGUUUAUCAAGCCGCCGGAGCUGUCUCCCGAGAAGCCCAAGACACCGCCCAAGUUCAAGCACAGCACCUGGGCGCGGUCAGAUGACGACAGCGAGGAUGAAAAAGAGGCCAAAGGGAACAAGAAAGUCACAGUAUCCGCACCGAUGGCUAAGCCUACAUUCAAGCUACCAGCAAAUGACGGCGAGGACGAGCAGGACGAGGAUGUGGACCAGAGCAAGUCGCAAAAAAGCAAAGCAUUUGCGUCUGCAUCUACGAAAACGACAACGAAACCGAAAUCAAGAGCAACAACAGACCCAGAUCCAGACCCAGACCCAGACCCAGACAAGCCCAUGUCCAAGGCUGAGCUCAUGCGUUCCCGGCAGAAAUGGCGACUGAGCAUGAACAACAAGAAGCAGGCCAAGAAGGACAAGGCGUCCCAACUCUUUGGGCAACUCGACGUGGAAGGCGGGAGCGACAACGAUGCGCGCGGUGCCUCUCCAUCGUCGUCUUCACAACCACAGCCACAGGCACGAGCCGUCUUCAAGAUGCCCGCGUUCAGCGAGAGCUUCCCCGUUGGAGAGGACGACGGCGCGGGCGAUAGCGACCGUCCGCUCUCGGACGUGCUCGCCGGCGACGAAGACGCCGACAACGAUGCGGUGUCCAUUGCCGACAGCGACGACACCAUGGCGUAUAAGGGCCCCGCCGUCUGCCCGCUGUGCAAGGCGCCGCUCGACGAGGACAUGCUGCGCGCCCUGCUGCCCGACCACGCCUUGUUGGCCGGCGUCUCCUUUGCCCGCAUCGCCGCGACCCGCAGCGCCAUCCCGCUGAACCUGCUGAAAUUUGACGAGAAGCUGCGCUUCUGCACGGGGCACAAGCAGCGCGCGAGCCGUCUCGCCUGGACCGCCCGCGGGUACCCGACCAUUGACUGGGACGCGCUGCCGACGCGUCUCGUGCGCCACGAGAAGCACAUCCACCGCGUGCUGCUCGGCAAGGCGGCCUCGCCGUACCGCGCGUCGUGGGAGACCACCGACAACGUGUCGCUGCGCACCGCCGUCGUGCCGGGCUACUAUGGCCGCCGCGGCCUGCGCGUGCUGUCCGACGCCAUCGUGCAGCGCCACGCGCCGACGCUGCGCCGACGCGUCGUCGAGGACCCGCUGGUGGCGGCGCGCGGCAUGGCGCAGUACGUGCAGGCGGUGCUGGUGCCGGAGCUGGCCGUGCAGCUGAUCCGGGAGGACAUGCAGCAGGGCGGCGCGGGCGCGUCGAGUGCGGACGAGGCCCGGCGGGUGCUGGAGGAGAGUGCGGCCAUUGGCGAGGACGUAAUGGACGAGGAGCGGGACGUCGUCGACGAUGACGAUGACGAUGACGACGACGAAGACGAAAACGACGACGGGGAGAGGGCCAGCAACGUCUAUGGCAUUGAGACGGAGGCUACCGGGUACGAUUACAUAUCUACAUAG